GAAUGGGUCUUAUGCUUCGACAUCCUUUGUUGGUUUUCAUCGCAUCAGACCAAGUGUAGUGGUUUGAUGAGCCUUGCUCACAUACACUACCUCCUUUACAUGUCUCGAACGUGGCAGCUCAAUACGAUGCCGUAGGAACCCCCUCAACCCUUCCACUUCUCCCAUGUAUCGUCCUUCUCAUGCAGGCCUGCACGGCCUCGCAAGAUGCAUCGUUCGAACCUCCAGGCCGUAUAGUACGCCAGCAGAGCCCACUCUCCGAACCGCCCUCUUCUUUCCUGGCCAUGGAGUUCAGAGAAAAGGCAUGACAAGGCCAUGGCUCGAAGCAUUUCCUCAGACAUGCAAACCAAUCUUGGAAGAGAUGGAUGAGAUACUCAAGUGCAAGCUGUCAAGACUGAUUGAGGAAGGGCCAAUCAUCGAUAUAGACAGGACCGAAAAUGCGCAGCCCGCCAUCAUGGCCUGUUCCAUCAUGAUCUUGAAGGUCUUGGAAAAAGAGUUUGGCUUCAAGCCCGAAGAAGUGAUCGAUGUCACUCUGGGCCACAGCUUGGGAGAAUAUGCAGCACUUGUUGCAGCUGGUAACCUGGAAUACGCGUACGCCCUGGACCUUGUCCGAAGACGAGGAGAGGUCAUGGGCGAAUGCACAAGGAAAGCCAAAGAGGAAUCGGGAGAAGAUUUCGGCAUGAUAGCCUUGGUCUGUGAACCCGAGCAGAUGGAGUCCUUGGUUGCCAGCGUCAGAGAGUUCUUGAGCCAUGGGACUGAAGGUACAAAGGACGAUUCCAGUGCCCGUCCUGCCAUACGACAAGUCUCGAUCGCCAACAUCAACUCCAAAAACCAAAUCGUCCUCAGCGGAAGCUUUCAACGGAUUCGGAAUCUUCUCGUCCAUAUCCGCGAGUUUGGAGGACAUGACCCUCGGGCUGUGGAGUUGAAGUCUCGAUCGGCCUUCCACAGUCCUAUCAUGAUGCCUGCAUAUGAAUUUAUGAGGAAGGCUCUGACCGCCGACAAGGUAACAUUUCCUGGACGAUGUCCCUGUAUCAGCAAUGUGACCGCGCGCCCAUUCCAAUCCAAAGAAGACCUGAUCCAAAACCUGUCGCACCAAGCCGUGGGAACAAUCAUGUGGUGGGACUCGAUUAAAUACUUGCACAAACAAGCUGGGACUCGUCGUUGGCUUGGUCUUGGUCCUGGAAAAGUCGGACGCAAUCUGGUAUCGAAAGAGGUCGGCCGAUCAUCUACCAAAGGGGGUGGGGUUUGGUCUAUCACAGAGCCAUCAGAAAUUGAAGUAACGCUUCGAGAGUUGGAGGCGACGGCAAAAGAAGACAUCGAGUGAACACGUGGGUUGACAAGAAACAACAAAGCGUGGAUGUGGACGGAUCAGACUACUAUCGCGUCGUGUCAGUGGAACGUGUUGUUCUUCAAAUUGACUCAAGUGGGAAGAUGACUUUGGGAUGGAGUGAACUGGGAUGGGCUGAGAGGAAGGCCAGGAGCGCGUUGAGCAGGCUGAAGGGGGCACCUUGAUCAGUUGGAGCUAUCCACAGUGAAGACCUGGCGAAAAAUCGAUGGUUAUCAUAUUGAAAGUUCAAUUUUACCCUCAACACACCAAGACCCCUAGAAGGAGCUCAGGUCACGGCCACAUGGCCAUGUGGUCAGCGGUUUCCUUCUAGGCGAGAUGGGCACAGGGUUCGAAUCGCGGUUCAGUCAACAAUUAUUCAAUUACGACUUUACUUCAACGAGGAUAAAUUCACUGAGUCAAUCAACAAACAAAUCAACUUGGUCAACCACAGUGAGAUAUCAAUCCGAGGGUUCAACACACACAACAGUGGGCACAACAGUGGGAUAUUAAUUCUGGGGCAAAUUGGGGGCAACGACAACUAAGUGGGAGGACAACAUAGGAGGAACAAGCGUCCCUGGAGAGGGUUAGAAAAAGUUGUAAGCGCUGCGACAGGGGAGAUUCCAGAGCGAGUACCAUAGAUCGGUUUAAGACCUUCACUGGUCCCGAGUUGGGAGGCAUCUGGGGGAAAAAAAUCCUUACACGACUGGGGUUUUCUUGACUAGGCUCCUAUGGGAGAUAAAUCCUAGUUAAGUUUUUGCCAUUUUUGCAGAAUCCUACUGUGUAUUUUUUUUUGUACAGAGUACAGAGUAGCAAGCGAGGAAUUGAUACUCAUGUAGACAAUGGUGUAGUGUAUAAC